UCAAUUAGGUUGCUUUUGUUUAGAUUUAUUAUGUUAUUAAAUCCGAUAUUUUUUAUGAUUGUGAAAUUGUGUAUGAUCAAAUUUGUGCUUGUUUCAUAUUUAAAAUAAAAAUCAAAUUAUUCUGAUACUGUUAUGUUUCAAUAAAAAUUGGUAAAUUAACAAAUUACAUUAGAUACUAUUUAUCGGUACAAAUAUUUAAUACAUAGAAAGUAACAGAUAUGAUAAUAACCUCUUUAUAUGAUCAAUGUCGUGAUAACACCGCUUUUUUGAAUUGUAGCUGUCGAGCUACUGAGCUUAGCACGCAUGGUAGAAAGAUUACGUCAGUCGGUCCAGCAAUUGUUAUCUAAUUUAACGAACACAUGUGGCUUCAAUUUUCUGAUGCAACUCACAUGAAGAACUUGUCGAACUCUGUUAAAUUGACAAUUAACAUAUCCUAUAUAUUAUGAGAUUCGACAUCGAUUGAUGACAUCGUAUCUCUCAUAAGAGAGUCGAACAAAAUGCCAGGACAAUUCGAAGAAAUUCAAGCAAAACGCGCAACAUUUGGAAUGGGAUGUUUCUGGGCUGGUGAUUGUUUAUUUGGCGUUUUACCUGGUGUAAUUAGAACUUGUGUUGGAUAUGCAGGUGGACAAAAAGAAUCACCAACUUAUAAAAAUAUGGGUGAUCAUACGGAAGUCGUUGAUGUUGAGUAUAAUCCAAAUAUUGUAUCAUAUUCACAAUUACUUGCUUUAUUUUGGCAAAAUCAUGAAUAUGGUCUCACUACAAAAAUCAAGAGACAGUAUAUGUCAUUAAUUUUAUAUCAUGAUGAAGAACAAAAAUUAUUAGCUGAAAAAUCACGUGAACAAGAGCAAUAUAAACAUACAGAUUUGAUUCUUACUGAAAUUAGAAAAUUCGAAAAGUUUUAUCUAGCAGAAGAUUAUCAUCAGAAAUAUCGACUUCGAAAACAUCCAUGGUUAAUGGAAAAUACCGGUCUUACUAGUGAUGAGCUUCUUCGAAAUUCACCUCUAGCUGCUAAAUUAAACGGUUACAUCGCUGGUGCUGGAACGCUCGAACAAUUUAAAAAAGAGUUACCUAAUCUUGGUUUAAGUGAGAAAGCUGCGAAGUAUGUAGAAAAAUAUGUGAUUGAGAAUCAAGGAAAUUUAUAUUGCUAGCUAUAAUGAAUAUUUAAGAAUUUUUCAUGUAUUUAUCUUAGUACACAUUGAACAUGAUAUUUUUUCGUAAAAACAAAUUUUAAAAUCUGGAAAAAAUUUUUUUUAUGUGGUUCUAAUUUCCUGUAAAUUGUAUUUGAAAUCUCUCGCAAAUAAGUCUUGAGCUCGAUUUUAAAAACUUAUAAAUUUCGCUCGAUAAAUAUUUUUUGUUAGUAUUAAUUUUCUUAAUUUCUAUAAUUUUUAUUAUAGUGUGUAAGUUUUAUUAACAGGAUAUUCAUUAUAUUAUAUUUCAUGCAUAAUACAAUAAUGACAUGACAUAUUUGUUUGUUUGCUCAGCAAUAUUGGAAUAUGUUAUUUUUAAACAAAAAUUAAAAAGAAAUUUACAGUAAAAUAGGCUGUGAAAAGUAUAUAUAGAUAAUAUUGUUUGCAAUCAUUUGUUUUUUGAUUACUUCGCACAUUCUAUGUUUUAUAAGUUUAUUUUUUUUUAUUUCAAAAAAAAGCAAGUAUGAAGCAUACAAUUAAAGUAUGUUUUUUAAAUUGUUUGAGUUCAAUUUUUCGCAUAAUUACUACUUUAUAUGACAAAUAUCAUUUGUUAAUUACAAAUAAGAAUAUAAUUAUGUAAUAUUUAUUAUGAAUAAUCUUAUAACCACAAGUAUUAGAAAAUGUAUAUAAUUUCAAGACAACUGCGUUAUUAAAUACGCACGCUCAUAUACUUACAUGUGGUCGUAUGAAAUAUAUGUAUACAUAUGUAUAACAGUG